CCCACGCCACCCCCUUUCCGCUCCGGGCUACACGGCCAGGGAAGAAGCACGGACCAGAAAAGGGAAGCCCAAGCCGCGGCCGCGCCGCCCCCACUCCUCCUCGCUUUGCCACUUCCGUUCCGAAUUUUGGUUUGAUUCCGUUUUGGGGAGGAGGAAGGAUGGUGCGGGGGAAGACGGAGAUGAAGCGGAUAGAGAACGCGACGAGCCGGCAGGUGACCUUCUCCAAGCGCCGGAACGGGCUGCUCAAGAAGGCCUUCGAGCUCUCGGUGCUCUGCGACGCCGAGGUCGCGCUCGUCGUCUUCUCCCCGCGUGGAAGGCUCUACGAGUUCGCCAGCGCCGCCAGCUUGGAAAAAUCGAUUGACCGCUAUAAGGCAUAUACAAAGAAUAAUGCUAAUAACAAGACAGUACAAGAAGAUAUACAGCAAAUAAAAGCUGAUACUGUAAGCUUGGCAAAGAAACUUGAAGCUCUUGAAGAUUUGAAACGAAAGAUAUUGGGUGAAAAUUUAGGAGGAUGCUCGGUUGAAGAACUACACAGUCUUGAGCUUAAAAUCGAGAAGAGCCUCCGAACAAUCAGAGGAAAGAAGACCCAGGUGCUGGAGCAGCAGAUAGCUAAGCUGAAAGAGAAGGAGAAGACGCUGCUCAAACACAAUGAAGACUUACGUGAAAAGCAGGGGAUCCUUGAGGCACCGCUGGUGGUUCCCGCCCUGAACUGUGUGGCGCCCUUGCAGUUGCGAGAUGCCCCGGAGCCGGUGAAGAGCGACGACGACGUGGAGACGGAGCUCUACAUAGGGCUGCCCGGCAGGGAUCGCUGCUCCAACCGGCCGUCAGGUUAGGCCAAGUAGUCAGCUGAUCGAUGCAACCACACCCGCAGGCGGUGUGCACUGUCAAAUUAACCUGCCAAAGGAAUAAACUCUCUGCACCAGCAGGCAUGAAGUGCCCAGGCAGAAGCCCAGCAUUUCCUUAUAUUUAGUUAGUAUCUGUAAUCUCUUGCAAAAUGUAAUUUAGCGGCAGCGACGAUGGCAAACCUGCAGCGAACCUCUCCGAGAUCUGAAAGUGAAACGCCCAGCGCACAUAGUUCUAUUCCUUCGCCUGGCUUUGUAUAUGUAUAAAAUUCAGUACGAGGUUGAUGUUGAUCA